AUGACUGAGCUAAAGAAGAGGAUCUUCAGACAGUUCAGCUACAAGGGAAGAAGCCUUGAGGAGCUCGUCGAAAUGCCAGUCUCUGAGUUUGCAAAACUUGUUACAUCAAGUGCAAGAAGGCAUUUGCUCAGGGGCCUCAACAGAUACGAAGAUGAUCUUAUCAAGAGGGUGGAUGCUGCCCAGAACAGUGAUAAUCCAAAUGCACUCUCAGUUCCUAUCAAAACCCAUGAGAGAUCUAUGAUUAUUCUUCCAUGUAUGAUUGGCUGCACUAUUGCUGUGCAUGGGGGAAAUGGGUAUUUUCCUGUUGAAAUAAAGCCAGAAAUGAUUGGAACAAGACUAAGAGACUAUGUUCCAACCAGAAAAGUUUGCACUCACGGUAGACCCGGAAUUGGUUCUACAAGCGGCUCCAAGUUUACACCUCUUAAAUAA